AUAUAUAUAUAUAUAUAUAUAUACACACACACACACGAGUGUAUCUGACUUACUAGCAAGACAAAUCAGGUUGCAGUAUGGUUACUUCUGAAUGGUGGGAAAAUUGAGGCAAAAUGAGUCUCCUUGUUUUACUGAUUUGUACAUUAUUACAUGUAAACACAGUACUUAAGACUUUUGUUUCAUUUCUUCAACUUAAAGGAGCUUGUCUUUCAAUGUAUGUAACUGCUGCAGCUAGAACAGUGACUAGUUUUAUGUCACAUUUUGAUUUAAUUUAUUAUUUUUUUAACUGUAAUAGAGCGAUAGGUUAUCAACUUUAUUGGUCACAUUUUUAUAUUUCCAAGCCAACAGGCAUUUUUAAGAAAAAGGUGUUAAAGUUUCUAAAUUUUCAGUAAAUUGUUUAUAAUGGCUUAGUUGCCCAACAGCACCUGCUGCACUUUGUAAAAGCUUUCAUUUUAAUCAUGGUUUAAAAGUGUUUGACUGAAAAUACUCUGUGGAAAGUAGCAUAUCCUCUCCUUCUCUUUUUCCACUUUAGUAGUUUCACUUAAUGGUGUUGAAUGGCAGCUCAAAAUUUUCCAAGGUAGAAGUCAGCAUUAUCACACCUAACCAGCAGAACAAGAGAGUUUCUUCCCUGUAUUGCUCAACUGUGUCUUUGGUCACAUUUCAAGUUGUGAUUCUGCAAAAUAAAUGCAACAUAAUGGAGAAUCAGUCAGUUGAAAGUAUGAUUCAUCAGUAGCAGUUACUUUUAUGUAUCGAACAUAUAAACACUGAGAUUCUUGAACAAAUGUUUGACUUUUGCGAAGGGCAGUCUGAACAAAAACAAUUUCAGUGACACCCGGACAUUAGGUACCAGUGGUAUCCAUGUAAAAAUGCACCUGGAAACUAUUCAUAGAAGACUCUGAUGGUCCGCGAACACAAUGCUGAUGUCAUGUCAAGAAACCAUAUAAGCAAGGAAAUCCUGUAUGAAAGUGUGCUGUACAUGUAGAGCUAGCUGUGUGUUUGAAGAAUGAAGGAAUGCACUGUUGCUCCGGCGCCAUUACGACUGGCUAGGCAGGUGACAGUCAUGUGAGCUUCAUAUUUGAAAGACAGUGACAGUAAUUGGGCGUAGCUGUCAUUUGCACUAUACCAUGUCUGAGUAUCUUCAGUCUAUUUAAAGUGCCCAUAUUAAUGAAUGUAUUGCAAUUAUUUAUGUAUUUAUUAAAUGUAUUGCAUUAAAAAUGUUACGUGUACUGAAAUAAAUUUAAAGUACUGGCUCGCAAAGGCUGAAGGAAGGGUCCCCGCUAAACAACGCUCUCUCCUUUUAUCAUGUAUGUCAGUGUGGCGGUAAAACCGUGUAAAAACGCUCCUGACGUCACCAGCGCAGUGUAUGCGAGUGGAAGCGCGAGUCUGUGGGGAACAAAGGCAAAGCGUUGCCCGUUUUUGGCGCCUUGUGCGCGUGAGGGACCCCGGCGCGAGGGGCGCGUUGGUGGGAAGGAGCUUCACGCAGACCUUAACCAAAGUGUGCUCCCCGAGUUUGCGCACAGCUCGGACCAGUGUGUUUACUCUGUUUGUGUGUGUGUGUGUGUGUGUGUGUGUGUGCGUGCGUGCGUGCGUGCGUGUACUGUUGUGCCGGUAUUUUCACACGGAACCGGCAGCCGCAGAGAAAGCCCGCGGAAACUCCUGAGUCCUGUGAACUUCCACUACUAGUAGUACUCGGCUAGCGCGCGAGCAUUUUCAGUUCCUCAAAGUUCCUUAACCACUCCUCCCGUGUGUCCUUUAAAGAAGCGCGACCGGGAAACACAACACACACACACGGUGAGAGACGCGGGGAUGCUUUGUCCACGGACAGCAGGGACGAUGCUUGUCGCGCUCGCGCUCCUGUGUGUUCGCGGCGUGUGCGCGAGCCGAGCGCCCGCGGUCCCGCUGAACGACAGGCCGGUGAUCGGAAUCCUGACCCAGGAGACGGAGGACGAGCACAUGAAGCCGCUGGGCGGGACCUACAUCCCGGCGUCCUACGUCAAAUACCUGGAGUCGGGCGGCAGCAGAGUGGUGCCCAUCAGGCUCAAUCAGUCGCAGGCUGAAUAUGAAAAGAUCUUCAACUCAAUAAAUGGCGUGCUGUACAUCGGCGGGGCUGUCGACCUGUUCUCCUCAGACUAUGCCAAGGCCGCACGCAUCUUCUUCCAGCUCGCCCAGAAAGCCAAUGACAUGGGAGACUACUUCCCGCUGUGGGGGACCUGCAUGGGCUUCCAGCUGCUCACAGUGAUGGUGGCUGGAGAAAAUCUCCUAACCAACACUACUGCAGAAAACCUGGCUCUGCCUCUCAAUUUAACUGCAGAAGCCUGGUUCAGCCGGAUGUUUGAGAACUUUCCUGUUAAGCUUCUGAAGGCUGUGUCCCAGGAGCCUCUGACAGGAAAUUUCCAUCAUUAUGGACUCACUGAGGAGAAUUUUCGAAGAAAUGAAAAGCUGCAGCAGUUCUUUUCCAUCCUGUCCACAAAUGUAGCAGAGAACGGUGCUACGUUUGUUUCCACCAUGGAAGGCAGGCGGUACCCGUUCUACGGGGUGCAGUGGCACCCUGAGGUGAACCUCUUCCAGUGGAAUCCCCACUUCCAGUUCCCUCACUCUCCAAACGCUGUGCGUUUGUCAUCAUUGCUGUCCGAGUUUUUUGUUAACGAAGCACGGAAGAGUUUGCACCACUUCUCGAACCCGGAGGAGGAAACCGCAGCACUGAUCUACAACUACGCUCCUGUGUUUGUCGGCAGAUUUACUGCGUACGAGCAGUGCUAUUUUUUCUGAAGCGCAGGAGGACUGGGGGGACAAGAGAAAACAACAGUGUAAAGUGAAUGGUUGGAAGGAAAUUGGUCUUGACUGUGAAACAGCAAUAGCUGGCUGCACAAAUUUGGUCUAUUCACAGGAUAGUGAAGCAGAUAAACACUGUGAUGUGGGUGUGUGUCGUACUUCUGAGCAAACAGCGUUUUGUGAGUUUGAAAAGAAAAUAAAAUAUGGUUUUUGAA